AUGACCGAUUCAGCACCUGUAUCACCUUCGAGACCGAAAUCGAAUGUGCAUUCACCCAACAACAACGCGAGAUUGUCUCCGACGAGUGCAUUCGGAUAUAAUAGAUCGGCAAGAGUAUCAGAUACGAGAGGAUCAGAUAGGUCAGAAGAAGAUAAGAAAUCAGAUAGGAUGAAUGAAAAUGGAGCGGGAGCAGGAGGGGAAAGAUGGGGAUCGAGAUUCGCACCUGGACCUGGAUGGAGAGUUGGAUUUGAUAGUUCAAAUGAAAGAGGUGGACAAGAUGAGGAUGCAGUGGCGGACUCGCCGUUAUCGAGAUCAAUGUCAUCAAGACAAGUAUCGGAAGAAAGGGAUGAAUUGGAAGGAUCAGAAAAUGGAGAACGUAGACAGUCGCAGAAUGAGGGUAUCGAUUCUCCCUCUUUGAAUGGGUCUGGGAACGAUAGGAAUAAAAGAAAGAUUACCAGAAGUACCACUAGGAAGAUUAAGGAAGAGUUAGACGAUGCUCCUCCUUCUGCUAAAAAGAGGAAACCCUUAGCACCUGCACACGCAUCCCCUCUACCGUCACCUCCCCCCACGACCGUCAGAGCCGCUCAUCCACCAGCAGGUACUUGUCCAGGAGAUGGAAGAUGUAAUGGAGCAGGUGGCAAAGCAGGGUGUGAAGGUUGUCCCACAUUCAACAACUCCAUCGCCUCUGGACUGGUCAGCGCUUCCGGAUCAGGUCCAAGUGAAGGUGUGGAACAGGCUACACCUCGUCCUCCAGUAUCGGAUCGACCUAAUCUUGAUCGUCUAAAUCCAUGGGGAUUAGGUUUCAUGGGUGGGAUCGGUAUGGGUGCGAGAACGCUUUCGACUUCUAGCGAACAUAGAGGUUCACCCGCUGGUCCUUCAAGUACCAUGAGUAGAACUGGCUCAGAAGGAGGUUCCAGAGCCGAGCAUUCGCCCAUGUCUGAUGAUGAUGGUAAAGAUGGCGAAUUUCCACUUAAUGGUCUUGCUGCGACACCGAUUGGGAUGACUUGCAGGAAUUGUGGAACUAGUACUACGCCGCUUUGGAGAAGAGACGAGGAAGGUAGGCCUCAAUGUAAUGCUUGUGGGCUGUAUCACAAAUUACACGGCGUACCUCGCCCAGUCGCUAUGAAGAAGAGUAUCAUCAAGCGAAGAAAGAGAGUACCAGCAGUUGGUGCUCAGCCUGGCAGUCGAGAUGGUUCUGCAGGCACUGAGAUAGCCCCUUCCACACCUACCACUGCCAUGCCGAACGUGGUAGCUCCCCCACCUCACGUCGCACCACCACCUGAGAACGAGAAGUCCCAUCCGUCCCCUCCUUUCACACAUCGAGCUCCUCCACAUGCCGAGCACAGAAUGGGGCUCAACCCACUGGACCCGUACGGUCUUGCUAGAAGGAAUCUCGUCAAACCGCAGACGGCCACUAUGACGUCCGGCACUCCCGGAGACAGGAAGAAGCCAUGGUGGAUCGACGGUGCGAGGGACAAGGAGAAAGAUGAAAAGGAGCGAGAAGCUAGAGAAGCCAAAGAGCGUGAAGGUGUGAGUUGA